UUGUUUUUCUAUUCGAUGAGAUACCGAAAAACAAUUACAAUUUAAUCAAAGCUUUUUAUCACAUCAAACGGGAAAAGUUUGGUGAAAAUUUUGCCUCCUAAAAAUAUUUUUAACCCAAAGCAAAAAAAUUAAAGGAAAAAAUACAGAAAAGCAAGAAAAAAAACACGAAAAAUGAGCUGCAACUACGCUGAUGGUUUAUCGCCCUACGAAAAUAAAGGAGUUUUGGGUAUUGCGGAAAAAUUUGAUACGGAAGCGGAAGUUGAGGAAAAAGUCACCAAAUUGGUAGAACUCUUGCAGUCAGCCAAACAUGUUGUAGUGCAUACGGGUGCAGGCAUAAGUACUACAGCAGGCAUACCCGACUUUAGAGGUCCCAAAGGUGUCUGGACGCUUGAGGAGAAGGGUGAAAAACCGAAUUUAAACAUUUCCUUCAAUGAUGCUAUACCCACCAUCACCCACAUGGCUUUGCGUUGUCUCAUAGCCAAAGGUUAUGUCCAGUAUAUUGUCUCUCAAAAUAUCGAUGGUCUUCACUUGAAGUCUGGCCUGCCUAGACGUUGUCUAUCAGAAUUGCAUGGUAAUAUUUUUAUUGAACAAUGCAAUAAGUGCCGCCGACAAUUUGUGCGCUCAACUCCCUCGGAUACGGUGGGCCAAAAACUGUGCGGUGGACCCUGUCGCCGUGAAUGUCGCGGUGGCAUGCUAUUGGAUAAUGUUUUAGAUUGGGAACAUGAUUUACCCGAAAGAGAUUUAGAUUUGGCUUUAAUGCAUUCCACUUUGGCCGAUUUGAAUAUAACAUUGGGAACUACCUUGCAAAUCAUUCCAAGUGGCAAUAUACCGCUCAAAAAUAAAAAGCAUGGUGGACAAUUAAUUAUUUGCAAUUUACAACCAACUAAACAUGACAAAAAAGCUGAUCUAGUUAUCAACACUUAUGUCGAUGAUAUUCUCACAAAGUUAUGCAAACGUUUGGGCUUAGAAGUGCCGACCUAUGAUCCCUUAGAGGACCCAACUAAAACACCCAACGAUCAUAAUCAAGAAUGGACCAUACAACCGCAACAUGUCAAAGAGGUGGAAAAACAAUAUAAUGCCAAAUUAAAAGCAGCCGCAGCACAACGCAAAGCGGGUAAAACUCCAUUCACCUUCUUUACCAAAAAGGAACCAACCAUAAUUAAAAAGAAACGCAAGACCGAGGAUGGCAGUGAAAUUAAGAGUGAAUUGAAAACUGAAAUCAAAUUGGAAAGGAAAUCCAACCGGGGUGCAAGUGUUAGAACUAAAACAUCGACAUCGACUAGCGGUACUACCGAUGAAGAAGAUGCUACUUCAAGUCCAUAAAUUUAAUUGCAAUAUAAUUUUUUUAAACCAUAAAGGUUGAAUAGUUUUUUUCUGUUCAUUAAAGUCUUCUUAGUUGUUUCUCUUGAGUUUCAUUAACAAUUUCUACUAUUUAAAAAUAAAUAAAUUUUCUAUGCCAGAAAAUUUUGUAAAAACAUUGAAGUAAAUGCACUAAUAAUAAGUAUGUAUUUUUAUUUCGUUUUUCUUUUUAAAUAUUUAGUAGUUAUUUAGUGUUAUCAACUAUACACUAUAGUGUAAAUUUAAUUCUAAAUACAACAUAUUUACAUAUAAAAACAAAAUAAUUUUUUAAAAUUUAUGAAAAAUAAAACAUUUUUUGUCUUAUUCUUAUACACAUUUUACCUUUUACAAAGCAAUUAUUACAUUAAACAAGAAAAAUUCAAAUUAAAAUAAAAAUAAAAACAAAUAUGUAUGUAUGUAAUACAAAAAUCUAAAUGUAAUUUUUAAUUCUUAUAAAUAAAAACAAAAUAAAAGAAUUUAAUAAAAUUUAACCACCAUACCGUUUA